UGCCGGAAGGUUUUCUAGUCGUCAACGGCAAUAGACGGCGGCGUUUUCUCUGGAAAGGCGAAAGUGCGAAUAGCAAGAAGCAAAAGACGAAGAAGAAGAAAAGUCGUCGAAAGUCGGGGAGGACGGAGGAGAAUGCUCGUCGUCGGCCGAGGUCGAAACGAUCGCCGUGAGCGAUAGUCGUUGCGAAUAGACGCGAGAAGGAUGGCCGAUCGUGAUGAAGAGCAGGGAGAGGAAGAAGAGGAGAAGGAGGAGAACAAGAUGGUGAUGAGGAGGUACGAGAGGCACGAGAAGAAGGAGAGGAAGGAAAAAAAGGAGCCAAAGGAGACCGACGAGUCUACCGACGAGAAUCUCAGGAUAUUCGAGACUCUUUGCAUCUCGUCCCCUCGCAAGUUGGACACAGGGGAUGCGAUGACUCACGACUUGACGACUACAUUGAGGAGCGAGCUGGCAGCUCUCGAAUAUAAGCGAGACAGGCUGAUGUUCGAGCUGCAGGAUAUGAAAAACACCGUCAGAUCAAGGGACCAAAGGGUCGUAGAACUUCAGGUAGAAGCCGAUCAGUUAAGGGAACAAGCUGCCAGACAGAAUUCUAUCGUUUCCAGUCUAAAGAAACGCAUACAGGAAUUGGAAGAGCGAGAGAGAAAUCUUUAUGCGAGUCAAGGAAGGAACGAGAUCACGAUACAAGGUCUACAACGAGAUGUCAAAUAUCACGAAGAGAAGGUCAGGGAAUACGAGAGAAAGAUUCGACAGCUUGAGCAUAACUUCUCCGAGGAGAUACAAUUAAAAGAACGAGCGAGAUUAAAUCUUCAGGAUUUUGUACGGCGACUGGCACAUGCAUUGAACGUCGAGUACUGUGAAACGGCACAUCACAGUCCGGAAGUCGUUAUCCACAAGGCGGAAGAAUUGGUGCAAGAAGUGAAUCGGUUACGGAACAGGGGCACUACAAUCGAAACACAACUUAGCGAUAUUGAGAAUGAUUUUCGAAGUUGCAGGGACUCGCUAGAUCGCAUUACCACAGAAAAAGAACAACUCCAGAGGCAAGUGUCUACACAACUGGUCGAUUUGGAACGCUUACGACAGGAGAAAGAAUGUCUGGAAAUGCAAUACAGGGUAGCCGAAAGAGAGAUGAACGAUCUUAGAGAUAAAUUGGUGAACGCGAACAGAAAUAUAACGAGUGCUACAGGAAAUAUAUCCAAUCAGGAAGCAAUGAUCUGUCAAUUACGAGAUGAUUUGAAGAAUCGUGAGGAAAAAGAACAACGUUUGCAAACAGAACUAAGACACUUAUUGGAAUCUUUAGCGAUUCUAUUGAGUACACCAAGUAGAUUCGUGGAAUCUCACGAAAAUGCGAUAAAGGAUCGGAUUAGGGAGAUCCUUGCCGAGAGCAAAGAUCAAGCAUUGAAACUUCAAAACCUACGAGAGAAAGUGAACGCUGCCACGGAAUCUGCCAAUCGUCAAAGCGAAAUGCUAGAGACCAGUAUGAUGAAAAUGCGACACCUUGAAGAGGAACGAUCGAGUCUCGAAGCGAAGAUACACAAAUUAGAUGCUGAAUUAACCAGCUGUGAGCUCACCAAAGAGUCUUUGCGUAGAGACAAACAAACGUUCACGACGUUUCUCGAACGAUUGGGAAAAGCCAUGCAAAUCGAGGAAAUUUCGGAGGACAUCGGAAUCGAACUACAAAUUGAAUCCUUGCUUGUAAGGGCCGAACAACUCGCCAGAUUAGAAACGGAUAAAUUAGUGGAUAAGUACUUGUACUCCAGCUACACAACAUUACCAAGGAUUCGUCGUGAGAGAUCCUUUCACGAGCUUCCCUCCCCAAAAGACACGUCUGUAGUUUAUCAAUUGCAACGACGUGUGAGAACCCUGCGGGAGCAACUUCAAAGACGAGAUCUUCACUUGGAUCUUCUGCGUAGAAAACUAUCUCUUCAGGAGGACAGCGUGAGAAUAAAGUCGUUGUUGCAGAGCGAGAGGGAUGAGGCGAAUCUCCGUGCGAAAAAGUUAACGAAGCAGGUCGAACGAUUGCAAUCACAAUUGUCGGAAGAAAAAUCGCGAAAUCGAGAGUUGAGUGCUCAAUUAACAGAAGCUGCUGAUUAUAAGAUAGCGGCAUUAGAAAGGAGUAGGAAGAUAGAAGAACUCCAGAAACGUCUCGUAGAAAGCGAGAUGUUAAGAACGCGUUAUACCAGAAAGCUAUCCAUGUUGAAAGAACAAAUGAGAACGACGUCUGAGACGGCUGAGCAAGAAAGAUCUAUCAACGAUCAUUCUCUGCAGCUUCUUAGAGAUGAGCUGGCGCAGGUGAAGCAAAAUCUCACCGAGGUUACUAGAAGAGAAUCUCAGUUGCAGAGCUUCCGCGUCUCCAUAGUGAAAUUAUUGUCGGAGCCAAUCUGCACUCCCGAUUACGAGAUCAUUACGCGACUGCAGAAAAUGGUGGCAGCUCAUCGCGACUUCACCAUGCUCUCGCGUAGAUACGACGAACCACUGGAAGCGAGUCCCUCAAGGUGCACGAGCAUUCAUCAGAUUCAUUCGAUUCAUCCACCAAGGUCACCCGGCUCUCGAUGUACACGUUACGAAGACAGCGGAUUUGCAGAUCCACCAGAUUUACAUGACAUCGAGGAGGAUUUUAACAAGAGACCCGUAAGGAGUAGCCUACUUCCGUGACGUCGGCCAAGAUUCAACGUUUGAACGGUUGUUCGUUUGAAUCAAUGACGACAGUCUCUGAUCGUCGAUCUCCGCUUCUUAUUAGAUUUAUAUACGGACGAAACGAUGCGUAAAGCGAACUGUUUAUAUCGUCUAAACGGACGACUUCUACGAUCGUUUUCCUGCAACUUGAAAGAAAAUAUUUCUUGAAUAUGAACAAUAUUACUUUGCCACGAUCAUUGAAAUGAUUUAUUUUUUCUAAUAACAAAUACCCGUUACGUUAUAAUUUGCUAAUAACAUAAAAUGUAAGUCAAAGAUCUAAUCUAAAAACAUGAAGUUGAAAAUUUUAACAAAUG